CUGCGUGUAAAAUUAGCUGGCUGCAGCCAGUUAGGGCCACCCUCUCUUUCCCUCACACAAACACACACACGCACAGAUACGCAAAGACUCCCGGAGCCCACAGUGCAAUAAACAUGGCAGCCGAGCUAUCAACCUCCAUAAACAUCAAGGAGCCCCGGUGGGACCAGAGCACGUUCAUUGGUCGAGCCAAACAUUUCUUCACCGUCACAGACCCGAGGAACAUUCUCCUGACCAACGAACAACUCUCACAUGCGCAUUCAAUCAUCACUGACUACAGAAAAGGCAUCGCCUCGCCGGGUCUGACGGAGGAUGAACUGUGGAGGGCCAAAUAUGUUUUCGACUCGGCCUUUCAUCCCGACACCGAGGAGAAGAUGAUUCUGAUUGGCCGCAUGUCGGCUCAGGUUCCCAUGAACAUGACGAUCACUGGGUGUAUGAUGACGUUUUAUAAGACAACUCCUGCUGUGCUGUUCUGGCAGUGGAUCAAUCAGUCCUUCAAUGCAAUAGUGAACUACACCAACAGGAGCGGUGACGCUCCAAUCACAGUCAGUCAGCUUGGCACAGCUUAUGUCUCUGCUACCACAGGGGCAGUCGCCACCGCUCUAGGACUAAACGCACUAACAAAGCACGUGUCUCCGCUGAUCGGACGGUUCGUUCCGUUUGCUGCUGUUGCAGCUGCUAACUGCAUCAACAUCCCACUGAUGAGACAAAGAGAACUUCAACAUGGGAUUCCCAUAACAGACGAAAAUGACAACAGGUUAGGAGAGUCGACAAAAGCUGCUCAGCAGGCUAUCUCUCAGGUCGUGGUCUCCAGGAUCCUCAUGGCGUCUCCAGGAAUGGCCAUCCCUCCAUUUUUAAUGAAUCACCUGGAAAAGAAGGCUUUCCUGAAGAGGUUUCCAUGGAUGAGUGCACCCAUUCAAGUCGGCCUGGUGGGCUUCUGCCUGGUGUUUGCCACUCCUUUGUGCUGCGCAUUGUUCCCCCAGAAGAGCUCCAUGUCCGUCAGCCGCUUGGAGCCAGAGCUGCAGGAGAAAAUCCGGGCCAGCCACCCAGGAGUGGAGCGGGUCUUCUUCAACAAAGGGCUAUGAGCGCACAUCCAAACACUGCCAUAGGUCAGCUGCAGACUCGGGCCUCGCCACUCUGACUACUCUCCUCAUUCAGUGUGCCAACGUUAGGUUUUCUUGUCUUAUUUACAACAUUCACAUCCAGAUCUUAGCUCUCACUGUCACAGUCAGUCUCUGUUAAAAGAAUAAAUAAAUCAGGGCCAAAUAUUUGCUUUUAUCAAUGUGAUUUUUUUUCUUUUUUUUUUGCAAAAAGGUUCUUGAUAAAAUGAUUUAAAGGGGCAGUAUUAUGCCAUUUCAAAGAAUAAUCAAGCAACUGUCACCUUACAUUGUUAUAGAAAUGCUGUUUAUAUCCAACGUGACUUGAAGGAAAUUUGACAUGACAACAACAUGCCUGUGUCUCUUUAAGAAGCUCCUGCUCUUGCUCCGCCUUCAGGAAGUCAUUACAUUUUCCCAUUAAGCCUUUCGUAACAUUUCUUACCAAAAUUGCACUGAAGAAGUAGGUCUUAUGUUGAGCUUAGUAGAUGCACAGUUCCACCAGGUGUCUUCUAAUUGCUGCUGCUGCUAGUCUGAAGGGAUGAGUGUGGAAGUCGUGGAGAAGGGGUACUUUGUACCCCGGAAGCUCGGUUUGCAGACUGCAGCUGGAGGAGCUUUGUGGAAAAGACAUCACUGUGAGAGCAAGUGUUUUGUACCGCUGUUUGUGAAAUUAAAGGAUUUCUCAAACAUGCAUGAAAGAAUCAAGGGAACACUCAAAAGUAUGUUGUUGAGAGAGAAGGGAAUGACACUAGAACAUGCCGACUUUACUUAGUACUGCCCCUUUAAUGUUCCUCCCAGCGGGUUUGUUGUGACCUGUGUGAACUUGUUUGAAGUGAACAUUUCUUCUGUGCAGUGUUUAGUUUGGUGACUCGUUGCUCGUUUGAUCCCAGGAAUCGCUGUAUGUCAGGUUGGCAGACCGUUUUUAACCCACUUACAUUGUCACUGGUUCAAACCAUGCAGGUUUUUUUUUUUGUUUUUGCCAAAUUGGUACUGAUGCUUUUUUAAAAAUCUAUCUGCAGUUGCAGCCUCUUGACCUGAGUUCCUUUAGGAAAGUGGAUACGUUGAAACGAGCCUCUCGACAUCUAAUCGUUUAUCUUAAGCUGAUUCUCAAGGGAUUUGCCCCGUAGAAUCGUGAUGUAGCGAUGGUUGCUGCCAAUGACGGGCCAACAUGGUGCUAUUUGCUGUCUUAAUAAUUCAUGUUUAAUAUAUUGUUUAUUCUGCUUGCCAGACACACACGAACAAACCACUGACUGCUCAGGUGGAAAUCCUGAAGAUGAUCUUUUGGUUCUACUCAGCCACAUCCUAACAUUUCUUGAGGGUUGCAUAAUUUCUGUUGAAUUUUCUGCAAAUCUGGGGAUGCUUAGUCAAACGAAACAAUUGCAUAGAGAUGGUUAGAUAAACGUUUCUUCUCACAAACUUUUGGUGUGUUUCAUUCUAAGUAGCACAUGAUUGAGAAGUGGAAGAAAAGAAAUGAUGCAUGCUUUUUAAAAUUCGUUUGCAAAUGAAAGUCUGAAAAGCUCAUGCUCACUCAGAUUAGGUCGAGACUUUUCUAAGCAUCAAUUUUCAAGCCUUGCCAUAGAUUCUCAGUUCGCUACAGGUCUGGACUUUGACUGGACCGUUGUGUCGCAAUGAAUGGGCUUUGAUUCAGAUCGUUUCUUUGUCGCUCUGGCUGAAUGUUUAACGCUCAGAAAAACAUCAUCUCAAUCUUUUUUUCUAGACUUGAGGCUCUGUCCACCUGUGAACUUGCAGCAGAUUCCCUGCAAGCAGAUUCCCUGCAAGCAGAUUCCCUGGCUUGCCCAUGAUGCAGUGGGUAAUCCAGCAUCAUGCAGGCUUUACCUACUGCAUGAUGCUGCCACCACUAUGCUUCAACUAUGAGAGAAGUGCUAGUUUCUUGUCUCACUUGGUGUCAUUGAAGAAGCAACAGAGAACUUCUUAUGUCUUUCUUCUUAUCAUUUUUUUCUUAAAGGCCAGAUUAGUGACGUGAACUUUCAACAGUUGCCUUGACGACAGUUAUGGAUCCGCAGCUCCUCCAAAAACUGGCCUAUUAAAUUUCUUCUGUGAUUGAUGCUGUCCCUGCUCGAUCUGUUGUUGUCCCAUAUUAUUUUCAUUUUCAGAUGGUGGAUUUAGGAGACGUUUUCUAACUUAAAGUUUAUUUCAGCAUCUCCAAAAUGUGGCUUGUCUGCUGUGAUUUUGUUCCUUCUGAUGCUGUUGGUAAACAUUGGGACUUUAUUUUGUAAUUAAGUGACUCCUUCAGAUUUUAUUCAGGGGUAUCGGAAUAAAGAGGGCUAAAUAGGGUUUUUGUUCAUUAAAAAUGUUCAAGGCCGUGCAUCGCUUUCCUUCCACUUCAUGUUUAUGUUCUACUCAGUGCUGCUCUAUCAGAAUCUCAAUCAAAGACAUUGAAGCUCAUUGAAAACUUGUGACUUUUCGCACAUGCAUUCGGGAGCUUAUACCUCCUGCUUUCAGGCAUAAAACUGGAGAAAAGAUGCACGAGAGAAGGAUUAAUGAAAUCUGAGAUUUCUUUUCAAGACUUUGUGGACAUUUUAACUUAUCAUUUUAUCCUGCCGAGUCUGAGGAAUGUGAAAACUCUGCAGCAGCAGCAGUCUCCUGCUCAGCGUUUUGUCUUUUGUCCAGACUAACAGAUAAAACACCAACUCUACAGUUGCUUGAGCUCAUAGUAUAUCUGACUUCAAACCUCAGUCAGAUCAAGCAGUUUUUCGCUGGUCUUGUAAUUUAUUUUUUUCUCCUGUUUUCAGUCGACAGCUGUGUUUGGACACUGCCGGGUGUUUGACCUCUCUUUCCUUUUUUUCCCCCAAAAAUACUAUUGUCAUCAGCGAUCUAUUCCUAAGCAUUAUUAAAAUCAGGGAUAAGAGACGAAUAUACGAUUAACUUGACGCCAGGAAACUUACAUGCAAUAUUUACCCAAACAAAUCUUUAAAAUAAACCUUUAACUACAUUUCUGAGGACCAGGCAUGCAGUGAGAUUGUGCUCCAUUUACCACAGACGUUUACAUUCCUAAAUGACCGUCGAUUCAAUCCUUGUGCAGCCCUUCCCCUUCAUGGUGUUUUAAUGUUUUCUGUGAUCUCCUCGCGUAGGUUGUGGUGUGAGUAACUUCACUUUAGACUGUGGGUGUUUUUAGGAGCUGUUCUUGGCUGACAUGAAGUGAGGGUUAUUCUUUUCUCCGAGGUAACUGAAUGUAGUCCCAGCUGUGUUGGUUCAAAAAAGCACAAACAAGCAACAAAAUGCAGCACCUCUUUAAAACUUGUUCAUCUUUGAUUAAUGAAUGACAAAGUUUAAAAAAAAAAAAACAACAACAACAAAGAAACAACAACUUUCUUUAUUUGAAAUGGAUUGAAGCUGCAUUUCAUCAGAUGGCUCUUUUUUUAAGUUUUGGAAGUUUAACCCUUAAAUUUCAGCCAAAAUAAGCAUCACAACCAAAGUGAUUCAAAUGGACAUGAGGGUAAAAAGUCAUUUUCUGUUUCAUGUGACAAAAACUGUGAUUGUUCUGCAGUAACAUGGGGUGAUGUGAUGUUAACAGUAUCUGGGUGAAAUAAAGGUAAUUUAAUCUGU